AUGCAUGGGAUGUCAUACAAUUACACUAAAUGGAAUCGUCAUGGUGAACAAUUGGGGGCCAUGUCAGGUCAGCACCUCCCGUCUCAGACAUGUCAAUCACCUAACACUUCUCUACCUCUGGCUCGCAAAAUUGGGACUCGGUCAACCACCGAAAGUAUUCCCACUUGCCGUGCUCCUUUAAUCGAGACUGUUCGUACUCCUACACAUCCUGAGAUACCGCCGAGGACCCUUCCUAAUCCAGGUGUACAAUAUGGUACCUCUAGUGAUAAUCUUGAUCAGCCACCUUCUCGUCAUAUGAGUGCCAUUCGUCAUCACCCAGGUUGUAAACGUGGCUCAGGAGAAGGCCAACUAGCCAUUCUUAUUGGGCAAUCAGGUGCCAUUCCCAUCCUUCUGAGAGUAUUACCAAAUUCUGAUGAGAGUUUUCGGAAAGGUUUAUUAAAAUGCCUCCGAACUGUUGUUACAUUUGAGGAACCAAAUCGCUUGAUUAUAGCUAGUAAUGGUGGAACUGAGAUUGUUCUUAAUAUGCUGGAUUCCUGCUCAGAUGAUUCAAUGUUAAUUUUGUUAGAAAUCUUGAGUGCAUUAACUCUUAAAAGACAGGUUAGAAAGCUCAUUCUCAGUUCAGGUGGUGUCUGGUUUCUUGUUGAAUCUGCUAGGGCGAGACUUGUCAAUGCUGGUGCAAUACCAGUGCUUAUGCAAUUAAUAAACGAUGGGGAAAUGUCAAUGAAAUUGGUGACUACUAAUGCACUUGGUGUUAUCUUAACUGAUGUUGAUAACAUUUGGCCCAUUGCUGAAUCAGGAGUCAUUCCUCUGUGCACCGAGUUACAUGAGGGGUUGGAUCCCAUUGGCAGGGAGAUUGCUGGGUAUGUAUUGCAUACAUUAGCUAUGUUAAACAAAAUGUGUUUGCAAUGGUGA